UGAAUGCUGUAGGAUAAAUGCCCUUGUUAAUAGUUCUUCUUUUUCCAGACCCCGGGUCGGUUAUUCUCUUUCCCUUACUAGUUAGAAAUUCCCAUGGAAUUUCCUGCAGUGAUGGAAGUGUUCUGCAGCUAUGUUGUGCAACUCAACAAAGUAGUCACUAGCACCAUAUGUGUUUUGAGCACUUGAAAUAUAGCUAGUGUGACAGAGGAACUGAAUUUUUCACUUUAUGUUAACCUGAAUUUAAAUAGCCACAUGUGGCUAGUGGCCAUCACAUUGGACAGCAUGGCUCUAGGUUUUUAUCUGGGUCUAUUUUCAGCUCUUGGCUACCUAUAACCCUUCUUAGGAUGGUAUUAUGUUAUUUACCUCUUAAUACUCUCUUUGAAAAUUUGAGGACUUAAUUGGUUUAACAGCUCACUCCUUACUAGGAAAAGAAUGCUUUUCGUUUUCUACUAGCAAAGACUAAAUUUAGUCUGCUAGUCUUUGCCCUCAUCUCCUGCUUGGUUUCUGCUUUAUAGUUUACCCCAAACCGUGUUUUUAGAGAAUAACAUCUUUGUUGCUACAGCUUCCCUGGGAUGAAUUUUCCACUUCAGGAUACAUUUUAUUACCUAGUCUUGAUAAUUAUCUGUAGCUUCUUUUUCAAGAGUCUUUUUGAAGAAGGAAAAUCAUUUUUACCCCACUAUUGGUAAAUUGAGCCAUAUAUGGCAGGACAGAUUUUAAACCAGCUCAUGCUGGUUACUUUAUAAGGACUGAUGCCAGAGCGAAAUAGACAUCCAAGAAUUUCUCUAGCUUGGAUAUCCUCUUAGGUUUGAGUUGUAGGUGAGUUGUCUUUGGAUCUAGAAUUUAGAGUUACACUUAUUAGAAUAAUUGACUCAGUUUUAAGUGCAGCAGAGCUAUUGAUUUUUGAACUGCAUCAGAAAAGUCAGGUUUAUUACCAUUUCUGUGUUAAUGUGUGGACUACUUUUGGAGAAAAUUUAGAUAACUGGUUGCGUUAUCUGAGUUCUGUCAUAACAGCUGCUACACAUGUUGUUUGGACAAAUUUUGAAACCAGGGGAUCUUAGCUUUAAAAUCACAACCACUUAGAGAACAGCCCAGACCCUAAGUGUUAUGAACAAAUGGAAUAAAGGCAAGACAAGAUUGGGACCUGUGACCAACAUUCCUUUUUUUCUUUUUAAAAAAUCUCUUUAUUUACUUGGCUGCGUAGGGUCUCAGUUGUGGCACACGUGAUCUCUGCUGUGGUGUGUGCACUCUCCAGUUGGGGCGCGUGGGUUCCGGAGUGCACUGGCUUAGUUCCCUGAUCAGGCACUGAACCCACGUCCCCUGUAUUGCAAGGCAGAUUCUCAACCACUGGACCACCAGGGAAAUCCUGAGUGUUCUUGAUAUGUAUUUUUUAAAAGUAAUCCCAGUCAGUAGUGAAGAGAGGUGUGUCCAGGGUCUUACGUUUCUCAGAUUAUACUAAAGGACCCCCCCUCUUUUUUUUUCCUGUUCUUUUUUUGGAAGAUGGAGCCAAAAGUAUUUAGGCCUUUUUGUCUCCUCUGCUUCCCCCCAGUUUACAUUUUUCUUUUUAAGUUUGGGAAUUGUUGAUCUAGGAUUAGGAACCAAACCAGGUCAUCAAGCAAGAGAAACAGAUUCAUAAUUUCUGGAUGUGGCUGGAAACAGGGAAAUCAGCAUUAAAGGUCAGUAAACUGGGAACAAAGUCACGGUUGUUUAGGUCUUUGCUUUUUGGUAGCUCAUAGGCUGCAGUAGCUGUUUCAGGUAGUGAUUGUUACAUGUUUGUGAAAGGCUACCUGUGAGGUAAAUGUGAUUACAGGAGGAUUUAAGAAAUAACAGUUGAACCCCAUUCUCAGUAGCUUCAGUUCGGUCGCUCAGUCAUGUCCCAGCUCUUUGCGACCCCAUGGUCUGCAGCACUCCAGGCUUCCCUGUCCAUCACCAACUCCUGGAGUUUGCUCAGACUCAUGUCCAUCGAAUCAGUGAUGCCAUCCAACCAUCUCUUUCGUCCCCUUCUCUUCCUCUCAGUAGCUUAAUGGGUAGAUUAAAAUAUUACAACCUUGCCACAUACUUGGCAUAAUAAUAGAAGAUAUUAACAUCAAGGUUAUAGCAAAUUAAAAAUUGUAGUCAACAUAAAUUAUUUUCAAACUGCCUCUGAUGCAUUCUUCUCGAAAUUGUCACAGUAUUAACAACUUAGCCUCAGUUUCUGUUGAGAUCUUAAGAUCUUUUCUGAUUGUAGCCUGUUAAACUGAGACUAGGAUGAACUUCAUGUGGUAUUUGGAAGGUGGAGAUGAGAGGUGUAUGUGAUGUCAUAUGGAAUUCCCAUUGACUCUGGCAGCUCUGAUAGUCUUAAGAAAUGAAUGAAGGCUAAGUUAGCAGUAAUAAAGAAUGAUUUAGCCUCUCAUAGGAUGUACUUCUCUCAUUCUUGGGUCAUGCAUAUGGCAUAGGCAUAGAAAUGUAUUUUUAGUUUUCUAUUGUAUACAUAUGAGUGUUUUUGUAGUCUAGUGCAAAUUAAAGUGGAAAACUUGUAGUUAGCAGUGAUAGUAGUGGUGUGCUGCAGAACAAUUCUAAGUCAAUUGCAGUUAUUAAUAAAGGUAAAACAAAUGUGUGUCUAUUCCGUUUUCUUAUUCUAAAGCUUUUACUCUCAAUCUGACAUCACUUUAUUUCAAAUGCAUUGUAAGACAGGAAGAACACUGAGAUAGUAUCGAAACCCACUUCCUUUUAUGUACAAAAAUAAAGAGCUCUGACAGCAAAACUGAUACUUCUAGUUGGAAAUCGAUAGAGACUCUCUUGAAAUAGGUAUACUUUUUAGCCAGAUAGGAACAGAGAAAUUCAGUCAAAUGUUGAAAUUCAGUCAAAUGUUAAAACUAGUUUAUUGAUUUCUGUGUAAGGUGGAAGAACUUAGAAGUUUGUAGUUUUGGUUUCUAAUUUCCAGACAGGAAACAAUGUUCAGAGAAGAGCUUUAUGGAAUUCCAAGUCAAGUAUCGUCUAGGCUGUCACAGCCAUCUUCUCCUCAUUCGGGCUGCCCAUCUCCUACCAUUCCGGCAGGUAAAGUCAUUUCUUCAUCACAGAAGCACAGCAAGAAGGCACUAAAGCAGGCACUAAAACAGCAACAACAGAAGAAACAGCAGCAGCAGCAAUGCAGGCCAAGCAUGUCCAUCUCCUCCAACCAGCACCUCUCUCUGAAGACUGUCAAAGCAUCCAGUGACCCUGUACCUGCCAAACCUGCAAUAUGGGAAGGAAAGCAAUCUGACGGACAGUCAAGCAGCCCUCAGAACUCAAACUCUAGCUUUUCUUCUUCUUCGGUUAAAGUGGAAAAUCAUUUGCUGGGCCUGGGGAAGAAGUCAUUCCAGAGGUCUGACAGGCUCCACACAAGGCAAAUGAAGAGGACUAAAUGUGCUGAAAUUGAUGUUGAGACGCCAGACUCCAUUCUGGUUAAUACAAACCUACGAGCACUAAUCAACAAACACACCUUUUCAGUCCUUCCUGGAGACUGCCAACAGCGACUGCUCUUACUACUUCCAGAGGUGGAUCGACAGGUUGGUCCAGAUGGUCUGAUGAAGUUAAAUGGUUCAGCGCUUAAUAAUGAGUUCUUCACUUCAGCAGCCCAAGGCUGGAAGGAAAGACUUUCAGAAGGUGAGUUUACACCGGAGAUGCAGGUGAGAAUUCGACAAGAGAUUGAGAAGGAGAAAAAAGUAGAGCCGUGGAAAGAACAAUUCUUUGAAAGCUACUAUGGUCAGAGUUCUGGCCUGACUCUUGAAGACUCAAAGAAAUUGACAGCUUCACCCAAUGAUCCCAAAGUAAAGAAAACCCCAGCUGAGCAACCAAAAUCUACACUUCCUUCAGAGGCCUCACCUGUCAGUGUAGUCCCAGUAAUUCCCCAGUUAGAAUCUAAGGAAGAAGUACUGCAGAUGCCAUCACCAGUCAGGAAAGAAGAACAUGAAAGCCAAGAUAAGACGCAGCCACACUCCACAGAGCCCCGUCUUUCCCCAGCUACCAAUACAGAUGAGCUUAGCAGCAUUCCUCCCAUCAAAUGCCCGAAGGAUGAGGCUCUUAUGGAGCAAAAGCCAGUUGCCUCUGCUGAACAGGAAUCUGAGAAAGAGAAUCAUCUCACUACACCUUCAAAUUGUAAUAAAAAUGAAAGCCAGGAAGCUUUACUUACAGCCCUGAGCAAACCCAAGAGUCCUGGGGUAGAAACAACAGUAAUGAAGCCCACAGUAGAAGCAGGUCCACAGGAGACAACUAUGAAAGAGCCUCCAUCAAUACUGGCUGAUCACAGCCCAGAAAGCCUCAAGAGGAAAUCUUCUCUCACCCAAGAAGAGGCCCCGACAAGCUGGGAGAAAAGGCCGCGUGUCAAUGAGCACCGCCAGCACCAGCAGCCAUUUCAAGUCUCCCCACAGCCCUUUCUCAGUAGAGGGGACAGGUUCCAGGUGCGGAGAGUGCCACCUCUCAAGAUCCCGGUCUCCAGAAUCUCUCCCAUGCCGUUUCCUACAUCGCAGGUCUCUCCCAGGGCUCGUUUUCCAAUCUCCAUCACUAGUCCUAACAGAACAGGAGCCAGAACCCUUGCAGACAUCAAAGCAAAAGCCCAGCUGGUCAAAGCACAGAGGGCAGCCGCCGCCGCCGCCGCCGCAGCCGCUGCUGCCGCCUCAGUUGGAGGGACCAUUCCAGGACCUGGCCCAGGCGGUGGACAGGGUCCAGGGGAGGGGGGUGAAAGGAGAACUGCUAGAGGAGGGGAUCCUGACUCAGACAGAGUCAGUGAGCCUGGCAAGAGCCCCGCACUGGAACUGGCAGGAACUGGAAGCAGGGGAGGUACGAGAGAGCUUUUACCCGCUGGGCCAGACUCUCAGUCCCAGUCUGAGACCAGGACCGCAGGCCAGCCACAGACUCAUAGUGGCCCUGGAGCACAACUACAGCAAACCCCCUCAGUGCCUCCCGCAUCUGCCGUCGGUGGAGCAUGCGCAGGUGUCCCCUCACCAGCCCACACUCACGCACUCCCGCCAGCUUUAGGAAAAUUAAGUAAUGAAAAACUAAAUCCCCCCAGGGCAACAGGCACUGUGGCCUCUCUUAGCCAGCAGCAAGGGCCUAGUAACGGUAGGCAGGAGAAAGCACCUCCAGCUCCAGCAGAUCCUCCUCUGAUGGCGGGUGCCUCACCUGUUCAUUUUGCAGCCGCUGGCACAGUAGAGCCUAAAGCAGGUUCUAGUAAGAAUGCCCCAAAUCCUCCAGCCUCAGCAGAGAUAAGUGCUAGCGCUUCAGUGGAUCUAACCUCCUCCCCUUUAACAUCUCUGUUAACGACAGCCACUUUAGAGAAGCUCCCUGUGCACCAGGUCAGCAUAACCACAGCGCCUACCGGAUCAGCUCCAUCCUUGAGCACUUUGCCGGCAACUUCUAGCCUUAAAACUCUGGGAACUUCUUCACAUAUGAAUGGACCCAUUUCAAGGCCAAGCUCUAGUAUCCCUGCUAAUAAUCCUUUGGUAACUCAGCUGCUGCAGGGCAAAGAUGUUCCCAUGGAGCAAAUUCUGCCUAAACCUCUCACCAAAGUUGAAAUGAAAACUGUUCCACUCACUACAAAAGAGGAGAAGAGGGUAGGAGCACUCGUGGGUACCAGCAUGACAGAGAACAGCACCAGAGAGGAAGUGCACGAGAGACAGUCCCAUCCAGCUGCACAGCACCUGGGUAAAACUUUGCAAAGCAAGCAGCUCCCCCAGGUUCCAAGACCCCUGCAGCUCUUUUCAGGUAAGGAUCUAAGGGACUCUGGCAUUGACACACACCAGUACCAAGAAGGACUCAGUAAGGCCACCCAAGAUCAGAUUCUUCAGACUCUCAGCCAGAGGGUUCGGAGGCAGAACAUUCUCUCAUUUGUGCAGCCCUCGCAGUUCAGCUUUACUCACUCAGGUUUCCAGUUCGAGGACAUCUCCACAAGUCAGAGGUUCAUGCUGGGUUUUGCUGGCAGAAGGACAUCCAAGCCUGCAAUGGCAGGUCACUACUUACUUAAUAUUUCCACAUAUGGCCGGGGUUCAGAGAGCUUUAGGAGGACCCAUUCUGUGAACCCCGAAGACCGAUUUUGUCUGAGUAGUCCCACUGAGGCCUUGAAAAUGGGAUACACAGACUGUAAAAAUGCAGCAGGAGAUAGUAGCAGUGGGAAGGAAGAUGAUACUGACGAGGAAAGUACUGAUGAUGAGCAAGAAUCUGUCCUGGUGAAGGAGGAGCCGCAGGCCGCCCAGAGUUCUGGCAAGUGUGAUGCAAGUUCAGGACCACACAGUAGAGAAACCCUGUCCACCAGUGACUGUGCAGCUGAAAAGAACGUGAAGGCAGAGACACCAGUGCCUGAACAGACCCCUUUUAGUAAGGAGAAUUACCUGUUCACUCGAGGCCAAACCUUUGACGAGAAGACCCUAGCCAGAGAUUUUAUUCAGGCAGCGCAGAAGCAGAUGGCUCAUGCAGUGAGAGGUAAGACCAUGCGGAGCAGCCCAGAGCUUUUCAAUUCUACGUCUCUUCCUCUGCCUGCAGACAGUCCUACCCAUCAGUCUCUCCUCCUUCCACCACUGCAAACCCCAAAGCUGUACGGGAGCCCCACACAGAUCGGGCCAAGCUACAGAGGCAUGAUCAACGUCUCCACCUCAUCGGACAUGGACCACAACUCUGCUGUCCCGGGGAUGCCCGACUGUAGUCAGGUGCCUAGCAAUGUUGGUGAUGUCAUGUCCUUUUCAGUGACUGUCACGGCUAUCCCUGCCAGCCAGGCCAUGAAUGCCGGCAGCCACGGCCAGACCAUUCCUGUCCAGGCCUUUCCUGAAGAGAACAGCAUAGAGGACACACCUUCAAAAUGUUACUGCCGAUUGAAAGCCAUGAUCAUGUGCAAGGGCUGUGGAGCCUUCUGCCACGAUGAUUGCAUCGGCCCUUCCAAACUGUGUGUCUCCUGCCUCGUUGUUCGGUAAUGAGAUCAGAAAGAAAGCACUCUGUAAAGGAGACAGGAAUGGGGAAGGGUUGAUAGAUGUGGUUUUUGCAUUCUUUUGGAAUCAUAGAAAUAAACAAGUAGGUUUCAGUUUGAGUUGUCUUAAGAGACAAGUGUUACUUAAUCAGGAACACAGAAUACAGAUCUUACAUUUUAGAGAAAGAGCACCUUGUAUAGUAAGUCCAAGUUGAGCAAGACUUUGUGAAUUUGUGACAAGUUUGCACUUACAAAAUCAUGUAAAUAUGUCACAUCUCGUUUUAACAUUUUUCCAGGUGUUUAGGUAAUGAUGUAUUACUUUGACUUCAGAUUGCUGUUCCACUUCAUGUGACUUUUCACUUCAUGUGAAAAGUUUAAUGCCACACAUGGUAAAAGGCAGCGAUUUCCCUUCUGCCCUUUCCUGAGAGGCUAUAGAAAGGAAGGAGUGGAGGAAUGGUCUGAGGAAAUGACUGUUCAUGUUGGUUAUGUCUUGACAGUCUGACCGCAGGCUUUACAUAGAUUCUUCAGCCUUUGCAGAAUUUAGAUUGAGGGUUUACUCACUCCCUUUACCUAGGUGGAACCUGCUCCAGUUCUUAUUUUUGAUAAGGCAUUAAUUUCAUAGGUAGUGUUUCUGACUCUGAAAGUUCUGAGUUGGUUCUUGAUUUCCACAGACCAGUCCUAUUGCCAGGCACUCUGCUUGCAGUUUAUGAAUCCCUGCCAUUCCCUAAUCCCACUUCUUUGCCCUGAAGAAGAGAGUGUGAACUAUGAAAGGGUUGCCUCACUAGACCCCUCGGGUCACCAUCACCUGUGCAGGGCAGUGAGUCCAGCAAUAAUCCCUGAGGAUUUAGUCAUUCAUGGGAGCUUACAAACAAGUUUGAGAUACUAGUACAAAAUUAACAGAGAAGUGUCAGUGAUAAGGUGUUUUGUUGGGUAAGCAGAGUAAAGGUGCAGAAAUUGUUGAACUGAAUUUAAGGAACUUUGGAGGACAAUUUUAACACUAGAAACAAAGUAGCCCCUCUCUCUCCCCCUCUUUUCUCCAACCUGUUACCUAAUGUUCUACAGUCAGCUGUAUCUACAGGUAGAAAAACUCUUUAAUACCACAUUUGCCCCAUGCUGUUAUAUCUGUUUUGACCUCCCAGGCAUUUGAGGAGCAUGGAAGUCAUCUUAAUUAUAUUACUUUGAACAUAUAUGUGUGGCAUACACACUGUAAAAGUCAGACACUUUUCCUCUUUUAGAAAAUAUGUCCCCUGUUUUGGAUUACUGCUGUCUAAACAUUAGAAGUUUCUAAUGUAAAGGGGCUUUAGUGAAUGACUAAGGGAACAUUUAGAAAGGAAGAGAUACUGACUCCAAAUUUUUGUUUUUUCCUUUUUUUUGUUUCCUUUUUGUUGAAUCCUGUCUCGUUACUGAAGAAUUUUGAAUACAUGUGUUUAGGUCACGGUUAAAGAACAUGAAAAUAAAUCUACAGUUUACCAGAAUUUGGUAUUAAAAAGUUGGGGAUUAAAAAAAAAAAAAGUUGGGGAUUGUCAGUGUGCAUCGUUUGCAUAUUGAUUUCAAAUCUCCUAAUUCUAUGUGUGUAAAGAACGUGUAUUAGUGCCACCUAGCACAGUCGUCAUCGUGCUUAAUAUUCAGGAUGUGAUAUAUACAAAAUGCAGAACAGUUUAAACUCCUUAAUUAAGGGGUCACAUUCCAGAUAGGGGAAAGUAGACAGUAAUAAUCUUAGCUUUGCCCCCAUUGUACUACCAACCCCUCCCUACCUCACCUCUCAAAUUAUACGUACACUCUUAAUACUUUCAAACCCACAAGAAACUAUUUACUUUUGUUCUUUGUUUGUUUGUUUGUUUCUGAGUUUUUUAUGGCCCAAAGCACAUAGAGGGUUAAUAUCUGUGUUCUAUUUCAGCCAAGACAAUUUGAUGUUCUUCUAACUUCCAUUUUUCUUCCAGCACACACAUAGCUAACAGAUAAGAAAUCUGCAAGGAUCCAGGGAUAAGGAGCAAGUUCUCCAGCCAGUAACCAGUAGAAAUCAGAAACCAUGGUUCUGUUCUCAAAUUGUCAGUGCCCUGGGUAAUCCCAAGGGGUGUUUAAAAGACCUGUUGAUAGUUAAAACUCUCCAUUCCUAGCUUUCUCACUCCCCACUUUAGUGGCAGGACUGAGGGAUGGCCUGCCUGCCUGCAGUGGUUGACUGUUUCAGAACUGACCCUACGGUGAACUUGAAUGAUCAAUUUGAAUUUUCAAAAUGAUUUUUCUUCUUCACACCUUUCCUAUCAUAGAAAGUCUCUCCUCCACGGUUCUCUUCAUCUAAGGAUGGACAGACUAACCAGGAAAGGAGGAAAGGCAUCAGGGAUUUUCACGUCCGUUUAGAGAGCAAACCAUAUUGUGCCUAUUCAUCUUGACCCAGGCUCUUGCAGAGAGGCCCUAAGCAGUACCAUUCACCAGAUUCUCUUUACAAAUAAUCCCCAGCUAAUAAAAUAGUACAUCGUCAGCUAGGUGCACUGCCUCAAUCUUGACUAAAUGAGAAAAUAGAUGCUGUUAGAUUGGUACAAAAUUGAAUGCAGUCUGUUUGUCAGUUUGUUUCGAAACAGUGGUGUCAGGUAGAAGGUCAUCUUACAAUGCUGACUGAACUGAAAGAACAAAAAUUAGAAUCUGGCUCUUUCAAAAAUGAAGCAGUAGGAACAAUAAAACCUUUAAAUUACUAGAAUAUCAUAUUCCAGUACCUUUCAAGCAGUUUUUAAUCUUAGGUUUUCAGUUACUUUACCUUUCAGUUCAGUCUGGAAUGUGUCUAAUAAGUGCUCAGCUUAUUUUUAUGGUAUUAAGUUGCACUAUUUCCAGUGACUAGUCAGGCAUGUUGCCUGAUGCUGAUGCCUCCAGGGUAUCUUCUCUGCCUUCAGGUAACCUUACACUGCGGGUCACCUUGGGGAGAUGGCAUUAAUGGUGUAUCUAUCACCUCAGUCUCACUGACAAAUAUUCUAAGUUGUCUAGUAGAGAAGGCUCCCUGAAUCUUAAAGAUUUUUUAUUAAAAUUCUUCCUCCUAUUAAACAAACAAAAAAGCCAAAUAACCUGAAGUUGUUUGCCCUACAUAAUAACCUAUGUUGAAGAUACUGAAGCUGUCUGUAGUACCCCAUGUAACAUUUUUUAAAAAUUAGACCUGGCAGACGGGAAAUUUUUCUUGUGGUGGGGAAGCAUACUUAUAUGGGCUGGGAAGGCACACAGUGUAGAUACCACAAAUUUAAAUAAAUAGCCAGAAGAAGACCUUAUUGCCUUCCAGGUGAAGGCAUAAACUCAUUCAUAAUUGGAUAGUUUACCAUCCUAAUUUCUUACUGCCUUUCUUCACCUAAGAGUCCUGAAGGCCUCUUGGGUGAAAUUAUUUGUUAAAAUGAGGGAGUCUUUUCUGGUCAUGACAUCACUGUUUAGAGCUGUCAGUAAGCAGUACUAGGGUUUUCUCUGUGACUUAGGGAUUUCACUUCACAGCAAGGAGAGAAAAGUCUCCCCAUUUCAUUACAACAAUGUGCUAAGUAAAAAUGUGCUAAGUAAAAAAACAAAAAAAACUUGGCCAAGGGUAGCUUUCAGCUCAAUUCAUAGAAUAGUCCAAAGAGACUCUGAGAAAUAUAAUAAUAAGCAGGGAUCUUUCCUACCGUGUUUCAAUACCUACAUAACCUAUUGAAAGAGAACAAUAGGUAAAACAGUUCCUAAAGUUGAAGUAAGAGCUUCAUAGAUUCUUGGUUACUUUAUUUUUUUUAAUGCUUUACAUUUGAUACAACUGUUAAAGAUCAAUUUUAAAAAAUAGCUUUCCAGUAAUAUAUUUUAAGUAAUAUAUAUUUUAAUAUCUAUGUAAAAAGUGACAGUGGAAGACUUUGAAUUUCUCAUAUAAGGUAUGUUUAAUGUAGGACCUCACUGUUAAGGCACAAAUUAUUUCAAAGAAAGUUACUCAAAGACACUCAGAUUAUUUCCAAAAAAUAAGAAAAUGCAAUAAGGGGACGUUUUGGAGUUUAUUUUUUAUUUUAAAAGAUAAUUGACUUAUUUACCACAAGCUAUUUUUUUUCCUUCUGGCUUAAAGGUUUGUAGAGACUGGUUUGGUAAAUGCUAAACUUUUGUGUCUUUUGCCUUUUUAAAGGAAUUGUUAACAUUGGAAUUGAGGGUAUGUACAGAGAAGUUGGUGUCAACACCAUUUAAAAACAUAUUUUUUCACAAGUAUAGAAAAAUCAUUUUACAUAAGAAUUUUAAGUAUUUGCAAUAAAUAUAUGUGUAUAGAUUGUAUGUAUUCAUAUAUUCUUAUUUUUCAUUUUAUUAUUAAGUAAAAGAUAAUUAAAGUGAAAAUGAACAGCCUUGGAGUAUUUGAUGCAUCUUGAGGUCUGACAUACAUGUGAAAGGGGUGCGGGUAAGGGCCCUCAGCUGUUGCCUUAUACUGCUCUUGGAAGAUUACCAACAGAUUGCACAGAAGAUAGUAAAAUGAGAAAUUUGUGAUAAAUCAGGGUAGUGUAUUUCUUUCAGAACUCUAGUAAAAAUAUUACAUUCUCCCGAUCUGUCUGUCUCUCUGCUUUCACCCUUAAAUUUGUUUUCUCUCCUAACCACCUAAUGUUACUGCUGGGAAAGUCAAAACAAAACACAGUGCAUUCUUUUUUUUUUUUCCAUUUAUUUUUAUUAGUUGGAGGCUAAUUACUUUACAAUAUUGUAGUGGUUUUUGUCAUACAUUGACAUGUAGUAUGCUUCUAAGACAAAGAAUGAUAAGAAAAUACCUGUAAGGGGGGGAGUAGGUUUUUCUUUUUCCACAGUGGUUAAUAACUGAUUAACAUUCUCUGCCACCACCUUCAGGCCAUAGAGUUUACAUGAAGAAAUAAUCUCAUGAAGAUAAUAGAAAUCAUUCUGUUUCCCUUCUUUGAGAAGUGAAUUUCAUAGCCAGUUUUAUGUCUUUCCCAAUUGAUCUGGAGACAGAAGGGCUAAGAAAACUUGAAUGUUGCUCUUCUAAUGCCAAGAAAUAUGUUUAUGGAAAUGAGGACUGAGCCAAAUGUUAGAGGAGAGGUUAACCACAUACCUGGAGAUAACCUGGAGUCCUGCUCUCCAGAAGUCAUUUUGAGAUUGUAAAUAUUUAGUUCUAGGAUAUGACUGAAGAGCAGAGGAUACCUAGAUAGUCUUUGGAAAUAAAGAAAUAUAGCCCAUUCUUUAAAAAUGAAUAAUAUAUAACUUUAUUGGUGACCUGAAAGGAAGUAAGGUCAGAGUUUGAAGAAUAUAUCUUAAUGACCUAUGAAACACUUAAUUGUAGUUUACUAGUUCUCUCCAUAAUUGCUGUGGUGAUUUUCACUGAUAAAAAUUGCAAUUUUUGGAAAUUAGAAUAUAUAAAAUACUUUUUAAAAAGAGUAUGCCGCUUUGGGCGGCACGCAGGAUCUGAUCUUCCUGACCAGGGAUAAAGUGCAUGCUUCCUGCAUUCAGGAUGCAGAGUCUUAACCACUGGACCACCAGGGAAGUCCUGAGAAUGUUUUUCUUUUUUUUUUUUUUUUUAAUUUAUUUUUAUUAGUUGGAGGCCGAGAAUGUUUUUCUAAUAGACAGCCUUAUUAUUUUUAAAAAAUUGAAAACUCAUACAUAGGGUUGCCCAAACAUGUUGAAAAUAGACGCCUAAGAGAACAGCACUAAAUCUUUACUGGAAAAACACUUCUAAAGGAAAAAAAUCCUCAGGAACAUGUGCCUCAUAAUUCCCAUAUUUGGUAGAUAAGAAUGAAGGUGAAAUAUUUCAAAGUGUGUGAACCAAUCAUGAUAACCAUUUACAAGGAUGGGCCCCCCCCCCUCAAUUUCUGAUGCAUACUUAACUGUUAUUCCUACCUCACAGGAAGUAAAAUUCAUGUUCAGGUAGUGACAUAGGACCUCAAGGACUGUAGUUGGUUUAGAAAGCAAUACACCAGAACACAGCUUCAACUUGGAUCCCCAGCUUUCCUUUAUUUAUGUCACAGAGUCUUAGAAACCUGUGUUCAUUGCUUUUUAACACUAGUUGACCAAGAGUGGGCUCCACAAAUCAAAUUUCAGUGUUUUCUAGUUGUUUCUGUACAUAAAUCAUGAUGUUCAAAUAUCUUUUGAACACCUAUGUGCUAAGCACUGUGCUAAAGUUCUGGUUAAGCAAAGGUAAAAGCAGUCAUGUAAAAGGCUUUCCUAAAGGAAGAACCGUAUAGCAUGGGUCUAGUUCAGAGCUCAAGGAGUAAUAUAUGCUACUUCCCAAGAUACAUUGGACAUUUAAUAAGAGUAAAUGAACUAUGAAAUAGAGGUCUUUGAGGCACUGAGCAAAGCACAGUGGCAAAACAUGAAGAAAGAAAAGAGGCAUUCCCCCUGCAUGAAAAUUCAGUGUGGGAGUGAGCCAAGUUGAUAAAAUUUACCUCCUUUUGACAACUGUCAUUUGAAGAUCUAGAGAUUAAUAGAAAUUUCAAGAAAUCUCUUGGUAAUACCUAGAUUGAGAAAGUCAUUCUGUUCAGUAUGUCAGUAAAGAUACUUCAUCUUGUUUUCAACUAACAGUUUGGUAAAGCAGCUUUCCUGUCAAACCCAAAAUAAGCUAACGGAAAUAAAAAAGCUUGAUUUCCAUCUUGUAGACUGGUGAGAAGGAAGUGUGUUCAUUUAAAACUUAAAAAGAUAUUUUCAUUCCCUUUCCCCCUCCAUUAUGGAUAAAAUUAAUGUUCUUUUUAUUCUAGUAUUGUAGAAUUGACUGCCCCCCCCCACACCUUUCUACAUAGAACUUGAAUUAAAAGAGGCUUCAGUAGGACACUUGCCCUUGUAAAGUGGCCUAAAUCCUAAUUCUUUAUGACUUUCCAGUAGAAAGAUUUUAAAAGGAUAAAUUAUUUUCUCAGUGCUUACUCUUGAACUUUCUUUACCUGGAUUAUGGGUUUGCAACUUGAAUUUCUGUAUUCCAAAAUAUCCAUGUUCACCUUUCAGUCAAAAAGGUAUUAGGUGUAUUCCACCAUGUAAUACAGUCUCAAGUCUGUCCAGGAAGUAAGGGUAGAUAGCCUGUGUUUUCCUUAUACUUAAUGACCUUAAAGAGAAGAUUGGGUUCCUUUUAGAAGGACUGUAUAAACUAAGGAAUCUCUGUACCACUGUGUAUCUCUCAGUCUUAACCUAAAAAGGGCAAGCAUGCCUACAAAGAUUUCCUUGUCACAGACUAAACUUGGAAGAGAGAGCUGAUCAGUUGUGGAGGUGGGCUGUGACUAGAUACCCGGCAUUCAUGAAGAAUAACUGCAAAUUGAGCUUUCCUGGUUCUUCAAGCUCAAAAGAAACUAAAGGGAAAAUCCUGAUUUUCAUCUUGGCUGCAAAGCCUAGUGAAUGCAUAGGGAAGAAGAAAGAUAAAUCCAAGAUUGGAUUUAAGAUAGAUUAAAACCUAAGAUUAUUUUUAUCCUUAUACUGAAACUUUUUUUUUUUUUUUAAGGUUUUGGAUUCCUAUAAUGUAAUGAAUUGCCAUGAGUGGAACAUGGAAUUUGAUGUGAGGCAUUUUGUGGGCUAAGUGAUGGUUUUCUAUUGAACUAUAUUAUCUAGUGACAGCUUUUGCCACUGCUCAGCAUUUAAGGUUGUGCACCUGUGGCUAAGUGAUGCAGACAUUGGCUCAGAAAAAUUCUAUAUUAAACCAACUAGAGCACUUGGAUCCUCUUUGUAAAUAAUGUUUAAUAUUCAGAUUAGCCCAGUAAGAAAGCAAUGCACUAAAUGUUAUCAAAAUACCUGAAGAUACUUUAGAACUAUUAUUAUACACACAGUCUAUGUCCUUCCUAUGGAAAGUGUGGUAUGUAAAAUCUUUUAUUUCUUGAGUCAGUUCUUUUCAAAAACCAGUGUCUAAUGUUUUCAGAUACCUAGAGCUUAGAAACACUGGAGUUAGACUUGAACUCCAUGUCAGCCGUUGUUUUCAUUUUAGAUUUUCAGGCAUAGUGGUUUGAAGGGAACCCAGCUGAAUCCAUAUGUAAUCAUUUUGAACAAGCUUUAAAUAAAUGAAACUCUUACAGAGUCUCAAAAUUGGUUUCCUGUUCGUUGUAUACAGAGACAGAAUCUGCGCUGAAAAGGACCUGACAGUUUUACUCUGAUAAUAAACUUAGUGAAGAGCAAGUUUGUCAUUAGAAAGUUUGUUAUGAAAUUUUUAGAACCCAUGAAAGAUCUAGAGUACAUGAUAAAUGAAACUCUAGAAAUUAAAAACUUUUAACCAUAAGUGCUACGACCUAUUUUUUUAAACCCAUAUUCUGAGAAUCAUUGCUUCAUACCUUAAGACUUUCACCAGCACCAAGAGAAAUCAGAAUGGAAGAAAUGACCUUAGUUGGUCUUACUUUAAAAUUUUUGUACGCAUAGGCCUUAGCACUUUGACAGAUAAAGCUCUGCCUUUUAGCUCCUUCUCACUCUUGUCUUUAUUCUUCCUACUUUUAGACUGUUUCUCUUACUGGUCAUAUAAAACUACCUUCAGGAUUGAAUGUAUAAUAAUGUUUCUGCACAUGGACAAACUGUAUUUUAUCUUAAUGAUUCAUUUUAUGUUGAAUAAAGGCAUACAGUUUUACUCUA